AUGUAGGUGAUGAAAUAGUUAAAAUCACAACAGUCCCAUCAUUAUUGGAUGCCAUAUACUAUUUACAUAAAUGAAUAAGUCUUAGAAAAUAAAAUACGUUUAAGGGAGGAUGUACCUUACUUUUCAAUACUAUCCCAAUGGCAUUUCAUCUAAUUUGAAUAUGGAUUAGAUAAAAAAGGUUAAAGAUCAUAAUUUAAAAUAAGUUAUUUUGAUAAUCAAGAUUUAAAAUCUAAAUAAUAUUAUCUUGGAAAUAGUUAAUAUUAUAGUUUAUUUAUAAAUACAAAAUUCUAUGCUUAUUUUGGAGGUGAUUUUACGAUUUAUUAAAAGUUGAAAGGUUAAUUAGCAGGGUUUUAUUUUAUAUCAAAUUAUCCUCACGAUUUAGAUUUUUUAAUUUGUAUCAAAUAUUUAUAUUUCUAGUUUGCCAUUAUAGUUGUAAAACUUGCAAUGGUCCUUAAAUUUCAGAUUGUUUAUCUUGUCAUGAUAAUAAUGAACGAGUAUAUUUGGAAGAUAUUCAAUAAUGUGUAUGCCCAAUUUGA